AUGCGUUUCGUUAGUCUAGUAUGUUCAGCACUAGCGACUAUAGCCAUCACCAGCACGAGUACUUCUGGUGCUGAGGAACGCAAUCUCUCGGGUAAUGUGAAGUCUGACUACGAUCCGAGCGCCGAAGACAGGACACGCGGUGGGGGUGGUGUCCGCGGGUUCCGUUUCGGAAAAGUCCCUACUCAACCCUCUGCCCUGAACUUUUGGCUCAUGUAUCCGUACGACACGCCACACUUUGACGAGGCGAUCAAAAAGCGGCAAUUCAUUCUUUGGGUGAGGGCAAAAGCGAAGAAAUACCGAGAGACGCAUCAUAACUGA